AUGGUUAAAAUAAUGAAACCAAACAAAGUUGUUAUUAUAUUGGGAGGACGUUACGCUGGUCGAAAAGGCGUUGUUGUAAAGUCACAUGAUGAAGGUAGUAAUGAUCGUGGUUAUGGCCAUGCACUUGUUGCUGGAAUUGAUAGAUAUCCAAGAAAAAUAACAAAAAAAAUGGGUAAAAAGAAGCAAGCUAAACGAUCAAAAGUUAAACCAUUUAUUAAAUUAUUCAAUUACAAUCAUCUAAUGGCAACUCGUUAUACCGUCGAUAUUAAUUUUGAAAAAAGUCUUAUUAAUAAAGAUAUAUUUCGUGAUCCAGCAUUGAAACAAAAAGCACGUCGUGAUGCUAAAGAGAAAUUUGAAGAAAGGUACAAUACAAAACUGGCAAACACAAAUGGUUUUUUCAAAAAUUAA